CCGUGUGUGCGUGUCAGACUCCGUCGUGGUAAGCCGGUGCGCACGGUCCGGUUCGCUGUACGUGUGUGUGAGAGUGUGUGUAUUUGUGUGUGAGCGAGUACGUUUUUUCGGAAUUUUUUUUGUUUUCAUCCGGCCGUUUCGGUUUUUAUUUUUAUUUGGUGUGCGCCGACGGGCUAAUCAAUCGCGCGGAACAGCCGUCGUGUAUACACGUGUAGGCUAAGUAUACCUGCUACGACACGAUUAUAUAUACGUUAACGUUCGAUCAAACCGUCACGAGUAACGUUCCGGCCGAUAUCCACCGCCGUGUCUCCGCGUGUUUCAGACUCGAUUGAAAAAUAAAUAAAAAAAAAAAAAGGAACCGUAGACGUCCGAAACCGUUUCGCAACUCUUCGUCGGGAUGAUCCGCAACGAUUCGCACCGACGGCGGUACGGAGGCAAUACCGAGUCGAUCCGGCGGACCGUCUGACGAUCAAUUAUCCGCAUAAUACAUAGAUAUACUACGCGUGUGAUUCACAGACACAGUGGUCACGUAUAACGUAAACAAUAAUAGCAAUUAUAUACCGCGCGUUACCAAAAUAACGGUAUUUACCGGACGCAUCUGGCGACACGUCUCGUUUCCGAACACUGUUCACCGGACGACGAUCAUAAACAUGUGCACCAAAACGUCCAUUGGACGGCUCAUCGUUGGCGGAGCCAUGCUGCUGCUGGCCACGGAAUUGGUAUCAGGAUCCAUUGAUCACAAAGUACCGGAUGAAACGAUUUCACCUUUAAUUGAAGCUACGUCCAUAAGGGGUCCUUAUUUUGACAAGGUUGCAUCAAAAAACGUCACUGCACUAGUCGGCCACACUGCCUAUUUGAACUGCAGAGUCAGAAAUCUAGGGAAUCGAACGGUCUCGUGGGUUCGACAUCGAGGUAUUCACUUGCUAACCGUGGGCCGGUACACGUAUACUAGUGACCAAAGAUUCCAAGCAAUACAUUCACCACAGAACGAAGACUGGACACUACAAAUACGGUAUCCUCAAAUCAGAGAUAGUGGUUACUACGAAUGUCAAGUAGGCACAACGCCUCCAAUCGGACAUGCAAUGGUUUUAACAGUCGUAGAACCCAUAACAACAAUCAUUGGAGGUCCUGACAUGUUCAUCAAUAAGGGUAGUACUAUGAACUUAACGUGCAUCAUAAAGCAUAGUCCAGAACCACCACCAUUGAUUUACUGGACACACGACUCAAAAGAAAUAAAUUACGACUCAGCUCGUGGCGGGGUGAGUGUGAUCACGGAGAAAGGCGAAGUAACCACCAGUUAUUUGCUCGUACAGAGAGCGACCAGCACGGAUUCGGGAAAAUACACGUGUCACCCAAGCAAUGCAAAUCCUCACACCGUCGUUGUACACGUCCUUAAUGGAGAGCAUCCAGCGGCUAUGCAAAAAGGUUCGAAGCUCAGUUUGAAAUCUUCACUAUCAUUCCUCAGCGUCGGCUUGGUGUUAUUUAUUAGCACGUGAUUUACAUAUUGUAAUAUAAUAUUAUAAAUAAAUUAUAAAUUGUAAAAUACUAAAAACAAAAAUUAAAACUUUUAAGUUGUACAAUUAAAUGUAUUGCUACAUAAUAAUAUAUAAUCAUACCUAUAUUAUAUUUUCAGCCAUGGAAUAACUGUGUACUCAAACCGUUGUUUAUAUUAUAAAUCUAUAUAGGUAUUUAAAUGUUUAUGCAUGUAAACAAAAAUACCCAAAACUAUAGGCAUGAUGUGUUGUUCCCAAUAUUUAUUUUUAGUGUAAUUUUUAAAAAUAUAAAACUAAAUGUUGUUCUAUUCAUUCUGUUUUAUACAGAAACUCCUUUAUAAAGAUCAAAAUAAUUGUACACUUCAAACAAUAUUUUGUCUUCCAUCAGUGAUAGUUACUUUAAAUAAUUGGUUCAAUGGUGCUCUAAGUACCAUUGAGUAUUAAUUUAUUAUUGGCCCAAAGUCAAAAAAUCAUCAUAAACGAAAUCCGUAUUUCGAUCGUAUCUUAUAAUAUUAUAUAUAUAUAAAUAAAUAGAUAAUAAUUUAAUGUAAAAUAAUGUCUAAAUUGGUUUUUGAAACAAAUUCCCCCCCAAAAAAAACUCGUCUUGGUUAUGUUUGGCUAUAAGUACAUUUAUACCGUGUGGAACCAUAUUCAUUUUGUUUAUAAGGACUGGUUUUUUUUUUCAUUACAUUUUCCUUGUUAUUGUGAAUAUAAUUAAUUUUCAAAUCAUAAUUUUUAAUAGUAUAGUUGUAGCCUUGUAGGUGAAUAAUAUUAAAAUAUAAUUAAAUUAAGUCGGCGGCCAAAGACGAGGCCACAUAACACGCGAGUACCUAAAUUCAUUUUUGGUACUGAACUCUACUACGGAAAUAAUAAAUUUAAAAUGAUUUUUUUUCGCUAAGCAUUUGAGAAUAUAAACAGAAAAAUAAAAUGAAUCAAUUUAUUAAAAAUUAUUAACGUGGUUUUAUACAACCAGAGUGAAUAAAAGUUAUAUUAAAACUGUUUUAAACAUUAAAAUUUACAACGAACUAAUAGAUUUUAUAUUUGAAUAAAAUGUCCAUAAUUAUAGAUUUAUAAGGUCAAUUUAUCAAAUAGUAUAAUAAAAUUAGUAUUGAAUAUUAGUUAUAUUCUAUUUGCGACUUUUUACAUACAAUACUUUCAAUGAUCUUCAACCGCCAAAUAUUUUAUUGUAAAAUAAAUUAAAUUAAAUAAUUGAAACCAAUAGGUCAACUUCAUUAUUAUGAAAUAUGUAUAUUAUAUAAUAUAUAGUAUUGCAUAUAAUGCCAAUUUAAAUAUUUAAUAAUAGUAGAUCUAGUAAGUCUAUUAAAUAACUACUAAAUAUUAUUGCGGGAAAAAAUCGGAAUAUUUUAUAGCUUGAAUAUUGAAUUCUAUACAUUGCUUUGUACAUAAUAUCUUAUUCGAGUAUUGAAGUACUGAAUGGCUUCAGUGCUUAUAAGUUUUUUAUACAACACAAUAGUGCAUUUUAAAUACGUUGUAUGUACUAAAAAAAAAUAAAAAAACAAUGAUUAUUAUCAAUUAUUAUUAGAUUGCUUAUAUACCUACAAAAUAUCAUUUUUAUACAGUGACUCAAAAUAAUUAAUAAGAACAACAAUGCAGCCUAUUGGUCAAUAUCUACUCCAUAUUUUGAAAUCUUAAACAAUGAUGUAAAAACUUAUGAUUUUUGAAAAAUAAACUAAAAUAUAAUAUAGAUAUACCCAAACAUACCUGAUUAAUAUUAUUAUAUAACGUAUAAUUUUCCUGAAACAAUUUUUAUUCAUAUAUUCUGAUAUCCAUACUGACUUUUGGGAGGUAUAUUGCAUGCAUAUAAUAAUUAAUAAUUAUAUAAUAUAAUAUAAGUGUAUAAUUGUAAAAUAAAUAAUUUAAAUCGCCAAAAAUUGAGUUUAGGUAUACUUCAAAAAUACUUUUUAAUUCUUAUACAUAUAUUAUAUGAUUUUUUUUAUUGUAUGGAUAAUAAUAUAUAAUCUUAACAUUGUUUUUGAAUAUAUUUUAAUUUGUUUAUAAGAUUACAAUAUACAUAAUUAAAAAUGUGUAAGAAAAAUUAUGUACUAACCUGCAAAAUGAACGUUUAUACUCAUAAUUAUGCUUUACACAGUUAUUCAAACAUUGUAUAAUAAAUAAAAAUAAAAAAAUAUUUAUGUACGUAUCAAUACUUGAUAAAUAUAACACAGUUGAGCAAAUAUUAUGAUCUGUCUUAACAGUAUUGAUCAUACAUUAUCUAAUAACCUAUAAUUAUUAAGGAAAUAAUAAAUUUAAGUAAUGGUGAUUUUUUUUUUUAAUCGGCACUAAGUUAUAAAAAUAAUAGACAAACAUUAAUUUUUUCAAAAUAUUUUUAUUUUUGUAAAUAAAUUAGUAAAGUAAAUGUUUUGUGAACAAAUUUAAAUAUGUAGAGUUGAAUAAUUAUAUUUAUUGUUUAUUUUAUUCUUGUUGUA